GCCGCCAGCUAGCUGGUUUUGGCAAGUGCGUUCUAAAUAUCGGGAAAUAAUAUGCACUGUUAAUCACGUCAGGUAAACGAAAAUGUCUAAAACCAAAAGAGGGAAAAGUGGUGGAUCUACAGCGGUUGGAGGUGGUUUGCCACGCUGGGAACAAGGAUUGUUGUCCACACAUUUUGAAGAGGACACAUGGAAAGGAAAUGUAACAUUUGUAGCCCCCAAUAAAUAUGAAGAUGUCAGACACAUUGAUGCUCUUUCAACAGCUGUUUCAAGUGGAUUGCGAAAGCUUUUCAGCAUCAUCACCCGGGAGGAACUUUAUGCAGUGGUUAAAGAUCUGGGAAACCCCAAAAAUAAGAAAGCGAAAGAGGUUCCUGCUAAUUUUGAAGUGUGUGAAGCUUGCAAACAGUACCUGGACUUGGGAGAAGAAAUACCUGUCCACCUGCUGGCCAAACUUCUCAAAUUUAGGCUUUUAGAUAUUAAAACCCGAGAUAUGAAAAGGCGUGAUGUAGAAAAAAAGGGCAAAGGAAAAGAGAGAGUUAAAUCUGGUAAAAAGGGCGGUAAGAAAACUCCAGACCCGCCAGCUGCUAAAGAGGGCAGCAAGUUGAAAAAGAGGGGAGAAGAAGAUGCAGAUAAAAAAUACAUUGAUGAUGAACCAGAUGAUGGACCUGAGCAUUACAUCUUAGUCCAGGGUUUCAAUGAUGCCAAACUGAUAGCCGCCUUGUCCGAUAUUGGAGUAAAUGUGAAUGCUGUAAUAAGGGUUUCAUCCCAGGAAUACCCUAGACCUCCCACAGAGGCCAAAGAAGCAGAAGGGGAGAACGAUGAUAAAACACUAGCUGCAGAAGCUGAGGCCAAGGCUGCAAGAGUUGCUGUAAAGAAAGAACUGAAGAAGUUCUGGUCAGAGUUGCUACCUACAUUACAAAGACAACCAGACUCCUCAAAACUCCAUGAUGUAGCUCGUCUCGAUUAUGAGGUUCCAAACUUGAUAGUACCUAGCAAUCUGGAGGAUGCAGAGCAAAAGCUGACAUUUGGCACAGCUGUGUUUGAGGAUAUAGCCUGUAAGAUAUAUGACUUGGUGGAUGCGAAACGUCAGUACCAUUGCUAUAUGGAGAAUAUAAGGCUGAUCAGUGUUCCUGAGUGUGGUCAGCCUCAACCCCCACCCUCUGAUUUGCCAGGUGCUCCAGGUGGCACAAUUCCGAGUGUCACACCCUCCAUGCUUCAGACUGAGGCCGAUAUGAGAUACUACAAUGACCUAAUGAGUAUUAUACCUCAGGAGAGUGUCAGUGUUCCUCUUAUCAUGCACUGUAUGCUGGAACAGAUUGUUGCUACCGAAGAAGACAAGACUCCUCCGAGUGCAGCAAAACCUCCGCCUAGAACAGAUGGCUUGAAUGAUUCUCUAGCCUCUCACAUCAGUAGCGUGGCCUUCAAACUAGCACUCUCUGAGGAGGAACAUAAUAGCCUGACAGAAGUUUUAGAGUUGCCUGAGCGUCCCCCUGAUUCGCCCCGUAACCCACUUCUCAUGAACAGAGGAGAUGAGAUCACAAAGAGAACACAACACUUGAAGGCUAAGUAUGGCUUCAAUCCAGAGCAAGUGGAGAGGGACAUGCUCAAACAUUUGCCGCUCUCCUCCCUGUGUCAGCUACCCCGUCCUUCUUCUAAGAUAGCGCGAGAAAGAUCUGCUCGGCUGCAAGAGCUUAUACAUUUCUGCUGCACUGGAGGAUUAACUCCUUCAGAGAUUGACAGAGCUUUCAAGCAGUUUGUCCUGGAGUGCAUGGACCUGACCUGCACUGACCCUAAUGGAUUUAUUGUCACCAAGGAGGGCGAGGGGGCUGACCACACCUCUAUCCCCUGGGACGACCCCUACCCAUACUUCAAAGGCAUGAUGACUGAGGAGGACAAGGCUCUGUAUGAGGAAGAAAGAAAAGCAGCACGUGAUCUGGAAAAAGAGGAAAGUCUUGAGAAUGUGGCCCAGAAGUCCCCAGUUUCUCCCCCAGCCAGAACUGGAUCAAGCUGUAGCAAAGGCAGCACACCAUCAUCAUCUAAUGAAGAGUUAGAUAAGGGGGAUAAGAGAGCCUCCAGAGCACGCAGGAAGAAAUCCAAGUCUGGUGAUGGUAAGAGUCGUCAGAAGAGCUCUAGUGUGGAAAAGAAGAAGUGUGUAUCUGUAGAGGAGAUUGUAGAGGAGGCGCCUCGCCCUGAAUCAAGUAGCAGUCACAAGAGUAUCCUAAGGUCUCGGUCUAGAUCAGCCUCAGGGAGCAGGCUUAACUCAAGGACCAACUCAGUGCACUUCAACACAACCGAGGAAGGGCAUCCCGUGAAGCAGCCUGGAGAUGAGGAGCCAGGCGAUGUGCCUGAGGAGCCAGACAAGACCACAGAGGAGAGUCUGGUGGACAUUCUAGGUGCUCAGAAGAGGGACCUAGACCAGUGGUGCUUCGCAGAGCACUUUGAGCCACAUGUCUUAGCUCAGGUGUUGAAGGAAGCCUCAUACUGCCUGCCUUUUGUGGACACAUAUUACCACAAGCGGGACAACUCCCUGCUUAUCGUCUUACACAACCCAUAUAACUCAGAGUUACAGAACCAUGUGGACUGGCACACAGAACUUCAUUGUAAUGUUGGUUUUAGAAACUACCUGGAGCAUGUGUCCCAUUCAGUGACGGGCUGGGUGGCAGAGAUAGAAGCUAGCUAUCAGGCACAGCAACUGACCAGCGAGUUACAGAAACUGAAAGCAGAUGAAGAAGCAGCUGCCAAGGCUGCUGAAAAAGGGGCCAAAGCAAAGAAGUCUCCACGCAAGUCCCAGAGCAAAAGUCCAAAAAGUUCCCCCAGCAGUGUUGAAAGACCUCAGUCCGCCAAUGAGAUUUUCUUACGGCCUCAGUCUAUCAAGGCCUGGAAAAUGGAGCAAGAACAACUGCAAGCCGAGGCUGAAGAGCUGGAGAGGCAAAACAGGACAAGAAGAGCAAAGCUGAUAAAAGGGUGCAGCAAGUCUAAGACCUCUCAGAAGGAAUCCAUAUGCAAUGACAUCUCUGAGGAGGUGCUGGAAGAGCCAGAAACCUACUGGCCUUUCACCGGCUAUGACAUGGGUAACAACCUGAUCCAUGUGUCAGGGAUCACCACCACCAUGUUCCCUGUGGACGGCGGUCAGAUUAGGACCCAGAAGACAGAGUUCCUUCACGGCCAGACUAGUGUGGAAACCUCUGUUCUCAAGGAUGGUCACGUAUUCGUGGUGCACCUUCUGGACCCUCAUGAGGAAGAGGAGGAGGAGCCAGACGAGGAGCUGAGGCAGGCAGAGAAAGAGGAGGAGGAGUUGCAGAGACAAAAGGAGAUUGAGGAUGUCAAAUCUGAUGCUGAGGAAGAGGAAGGGAGCAAUAAGGCAUUUGAAGGGAAGGAAUCUUCUGGAGAAGUACAGAAAAGUACGGAGAGUACACAAGUGAAGGAUAUUCCCAAGAAGCCUUCUGUCAGUGGGUUUGGCUCCGUGUUUGCUCAGCUCAGUGAUGGCAUGUGUCUGGCCUUCAGCACGUUUGGGGCCACAGGAGACCCAGAAGGUGAAGUGGAAUGUAAGGAAGAAGAAUCUGACCCUCUCCUAGCUGAGAUGACAGCUCCCAGCCCAACACCUCAGGAUUCCAAGGCUUCAGCAGCCAAAGUGAAGAAAGAGAAGGGCAAGGAUAAACCUCCCACUCCAGAUGCAUUACAGGAAUCUGAAUCAGAGAACUUGAAGGAUGGAGAGUCAGGUGUGAGUCAACUAUUCCAGCAGCUGUAUGUCACCUGUCCUGACGGCCUCAAUGUCAGGUACUUCCUGGAGAGCUCUAUUGGUGUUGUCCCGGCGUCUGAGGAUGAUCGCCGCCUGGUGGUCCGGAUGAGCUACCCCUUUAAGACUCAAGGGACACAACCCUGUGAGUCUAUCAGGAAGAAAUUUGCUCUCACGGAGAAUUGUAGGACAGUAACCACUGAAGGGACUGUGGUCAAACACAUGACAGAUGGCACAGUACAGGUUCUGUACUCUGAUGGCACAGUGAGUACAUACACCACAGCCUAUGGCCACUUACCUGUGGUUGACCAGUGUAGCACACCCAAGCCAGAACAGGGGGUGCCACAGUUACAGGGGGUGACUGACACUGACACUGAGCCACACAAGAAAAGUGCAAAGAGUAAGCCUAGUGCUAAGAGUAUCAGCACAGAUAAAUCUGAGGAGGCACCCCCAGAGAAGAAAUGGGCCUGGAUGACAACCUUACCUAGUGGGGAGAGAACACUUACCAAGGAAGAUGGAGAGCCUGUCAACAUCAAGCCUGUCAUGGUGUGUCUGGCGUCUGACCCAGAAACCAAACAGUCGAUGGCGACCCGUGAUGACCAUGUGAUCACAAUCAGUUACCCAGAUGGUACGACCAUCGUGGAGCAUAAUGAUGGGACACGCAUCACCACAUACUAUAGGGAGAACCAGGUACCUGUAGACCACGAGGACACAGUCGAAACAGGAGAAAUGCCCCAGUAUGCUCUUCAGCAGAUCAAGUUUGUCAAGGUGGAAUGUCUUGGGUACACCACUAUUGAGUUUAACUGCGAUACCAGUGAGAACCUGACAGUGUUUGGGAAUGGAACUACAGUGAAUGUCUUCCCUGACGGCUACUACAUGAUCCACCAUUCUGAUGGAGGGCGUUUUGAAGUCGACCCUGAGGGAUCAAGCAUCUACUACCCUCGCCCCAACAAAUACAUGGAGCAGAUUGUCCCAGACAGGGAGAUCCAGUAUGCCUUGCGACACAAUGCCGAUGUCAUCUGUGAAACUGUGGACCCAGAUGGCAAUGCAUUUUCUGUCAAGUACACCGGUGAUACGUUGGUAACACCGGCUGAGUCUGAAGAGGCUCAAUCAGAGCUGAGCAGCCUGGACACACCCACAGAGAAAAAACUUGUCUCUUACAAGCAGCAUGCACCACGCUUCUUUGUCAUACACAAGUCAGGACGCGGCACAGAGCUGCUGCGAUAUCAGGACGUGGCUGAGUACUUAGACAAGAUGGAGCAGGACCCCAGCACAGCCAUGCUGCAGGACCCUAUGCCUGACUUCCCCGGGGCUAGUGGAAUAACAGUCCUCAAGCCCAUCGAGGGAACACCCUGUGAUACUUGGCUGAAGAAGUAUGACAUGGACUCCAUUAUGCCACCAGGGAUUCGAUCUCGUGACCUCACCACACUCCCUCCAAAAGAGGUGAAAACAGAUGGUCCCAUGUUUGGGACAAAUCUGGGGAAAGGGUUGUGUGUGGGAGCAGCUGUGAAACAGGCUAGUCGCUUCCCAGUGUUAAAAUGUCCAAAUACCAUAGAAAUUCGUCAGCUUAUACAGUACAGGCCAGUGGGAGAAGUUCUCCGAAAGAAAUUACAAACAGGCCUGAAGGAUUAUGCUGAGUUUGUCAAGCAGAGGAACACCACCUCCGACAUGUUACAAGUGCAGGACCCACGCAGUGAAGAGGAGAAAACCUUAGCUGAACGUCUACAGGCACUUGUCACAGAACACCACCCAAAACGACCUAAUUCAGCUGAUGUGAAGGCUGUGUAUGAAAAAGCCACAGAGCCCACCACGCCCAGUCCUCCACAUACCCCUACUCCCAAGAGGACUAAGGCUGACUGGGAGAGGGACCAGAGGGAGAGACAGGAGGAGCAAGAGGGCAGGGAGGCCCUCAGGCACAAAAAAAUACCCCCGUACUUUGACAGUGAACUGGGCAAGGCAUUCCUACAUACACAGGGCAAGGACAUGGAAGAGAUGAUGAGACAACUGUCAGCAGACUUAAAGCACGAGAGAGUGGUCAGUGAGACAGGUGUGUCAGACAUCUCAACACCUAUGGACUUACCUGCUACAGACAGUGCCCGCCAGCUGUAUGUGCACAGUUCCCAGAUGAGUGCCACAGAGAUCCCACUUCCUUCCCCACCGGGUAACAGUUCAGGCAAAAUGGUGGACAUUCCUGAGAGCCCUAAAGGCAUGGGAACUGGUAUGACCCCAUCAGGUCUCAGACCUGGUAACCCCACCCCAGCUCAUGCAGCUGGCCAAGGUUCCCCAGCCCCUCUCAGACCAAAGAACCCUACCCCAUCACACAGCAACAGGACUGUUCAGGACAGACCAGGGAAUCCCACCCCAACCAAGUCGAACCUAUCUGGAGGUGCUGAGGGGCAGGGCGAGGUCUCUAACCAAGGCUACCCAAGCAUAAUGGAGCAGCCCGAGGAGGAGAAGACAGUCAUAAGCCAGUUGCCAACAGGUGACACAGAGUUGAUCCUGACCAGAAGUCUUGCUGUGGAUGUGAAAGGGGAACUAAGGACAGAGGCCAUACGUUUGCCUAAUGCCAUACAAGGAGGGCGGCCAGGAGCAUUGCCCAACAUUAAGUACAAGACUGUUGAAGAUCCUGUCCGUCGUAAUGUGAGGAACAUGAUGGCAACUGGAGCCACUAUCAAAGGUCAAGGUCAGCUGCAGCGUUUGCGGGGCCUGAACCUGAUGCCUGAGGAGGUGCAGUAUGGAGUGUUGAAGGAAGGUUACACCUAUGCUUAUACCGUGUCUCUGAGGAACACCGGCUCAGACUCAUGCCGCUUCAAGAUCCGCCAGCCCCCACCCAGCACGGGACUGCGGGCUCUCUAUAAACCAGGACCAGUUGCUGCAGGUAUGAAAGUGGAUCUGUGCCUAGAGCUGUACGCCAUAGCUGUGGGUGUGGAGGGAGAGUCAGGAGUGGGAGCUAUCAGCCAUAACCUGGAGAUCAUCACUGAGGUUGACAACUUGUACCUUCCUAUCAGAGCAACAGUAUUAACAGCUCAUGAAUAUGAGAACAGGAGUUCUGAUAGCCCAAGAGGAGGGAAAUCCCCAGGGACCAGGCUGGUGUCCACGCGACCCCCAGCUAACACAGGCAUCAUCAGGCCGCGUAAGGAGAGUCACAGGGAUGGAGCAAUUCCUGUUUUCUAAGGAGCCAAAGUGAUAAAGGUCUUCUGUGCUUUGGAAUAUCAGUGAAUAUUUGAUAUUUGUUGAAAUGUCAAAUGCUGAUGUACCAACCUGUGCUUGAUUCCUGACAAUGCUAACUUUAUCACCCAGUAUGUUACCUAUAAUGAUUACAUAAGCUCCAUUUGGUCGUCUUUUUAAAUUCACAGAUGUGAACAACUCAGUUAAGGCAGGUUCACCUGUCUAUACAUUGUCAACUUUUACCCAACAUUUUAUUAAAAUGACUGUGAUAAUAAAUUUACACAAACCAUUUAUGUGUGUUCCUAUUUUACAAGUGGUAGGUAUUUCUUGUGAUGUUUCCUUUUAUUUAUAAACAGAACAGUUUUCGUACAAAUUAAUUCUUUUUGUGUGUCUCAAUCUGUCCAAUGUACAUAGCAGUUUCCUGUUGCUCUGUUUUGCUAUGACUAGACUGUGAUAAAAUAAAUGCUAUUCC